GAUGAAGGAUGGGCUCGUGCCCGCGCAGGGUGGGAGCCCAAACUUCGGCGACUCGCGGGCGACGGUGACCCUCGGGACGGCGUCGGGGGAACGCCUGGCGCUCUCCUCGGCGGGAGGUUGGCAGGGCCCGCCUGGCCGGACGUGCAGGGGCGGAGACGGCGGAGUGGGAGGGCGGCUGCGAAGCUCGCCUUCCUCCCUUUGUCCGGGGAAGUGCCUCCGACGCCGGCAAGGGUCCGGCCGCUGGGGAGGGAGUUCGGAAGUCCAGACGGCCGUGCGCGUGACUAGGCCCCUCGAAUACGGGGCGAGCCCGGGGGGCGGGGCCGCACACACCUGGCAGCGCCCGAGUGCCGCGUGCUGUGUCCCGGGUCCUCGCGGUAUAGAGGGAGAAUGGAAAGCCCCCCGCAACGUUAGUGAUGCGCAGACGGGCUGAACGAGUCCACUUUCAUAAUUCUAUGCCUUUACCCAAAAGCUAAAGAAAAUGAACAAAUCCCAGGGAUCAGUUUCAUUCACGGAUGUGACCGUGGACUUCACCCAGGAGGAAUGGGAGCAGCUGGACCCAUCUCAGAGGAUCCUGUACAUGGACGUGAUGCUGGAGAAUUAUAGCAACUUACUGUCAGUGGAGGUGUGGAAGGCCGAUGACCAGAUGGAGAGGGAGCACAGAAGCCCAGAUGAGCAGGCGAGGCCAUUUAUAAUCUUUAAGAACCAAACCCCAAUUGAGGAAAGAGGUGAUCUCUUUGAAAAAUCCUUCAAUCUGAGCACAGACUUUGUUUCUUUAAGACAAGUACCCUAUAAAUACGACUUAUAUGAAAAAACUUUGAAAUGUAAUUCAGACUUACUUAAUGGUAAUAGAAGCUACAUAAGAAAACAAGCUGAUGAGUAUAAUGGAUUUGGAAAAGCAUUUCUCUAUCUAAAGCAAGAGAAAACUCAUCCUGGAGUGGAAUACUCUGACUAUAACAAAAGUGGGAAAGCCUUCGGCCAUAAAGAAACCAUUUUUAAACAUCAGAAAAUUAGAAAUUUGGUACAACCUUUCAUUUGUAACUACUGUGACAAGGCUUUCCCCUUUAAGUCACUCCUCAUUAGUCAUAAGAGAAUACAUACUGGAGAAAAACCUUAUGAAUGUAACGUAUGUAAGAAAACCUUCUCCCAUAAGGCAAAUCUCAUUAAACAUCAGAGAAUUCAUACCGGGGAGAAACCCUUUGAAUGUCUCGAAUGUGGGAAAGCUUUCACCCACCAGUCAAACCUCAUCGUACACCAGAGGGCACACAUGGAGAAGAAGCCCUAUGAAUGCGGUGAGUGUGGCAAGACAUUCGCCCAGAAGUUUGAACUUACGACACACCAGAGAAUUCAUACAGGGGAGCGACCCUAUGAGUGUAACGAAUGUGCGAAAACCUUCUUCAAGAAAUCAAACCUCAUUAUACAUCAGAAAAUUCACACAGGGGAGAAGCGCUACGAGUGCAGCGAAUGUGGGAAAUCCUUUAUCCAGAACUCACAACUCAUUAUACACAUGAGAACUCACACCGGAGAGAAACCCUAUGAAUGUACUGAAUGCGGCAAAACGUUCAGCCAGCGGUCAACUCUUAGGUUACACUUGCGAAUCCAUACAGGAGAGAAACCAUACGAGUGUUCUCAGUGUGGGAAGGCCUUCAGCAGGAAGUCCCGACUCAGUGUCCAUCAGAGAGUUCACAUAGGGGACAAACCCUGAGACUGCAACCAGGUCAGACUGCAAAACCCUUCCAGUGGGAGAGGAGCGUCAUGAAGGUACCGAAGGAGCAUGGGAAUUCACACCGAGACACAAUAGAUCAACUCAAAAAUGUGUAAAAAUAGGGUCCCCUAAGAACAAUAACAACUGAAAAUUAGCUUUGAUACCCAAACUAAGGAAUAUAUAUCAGAAUAUAUCCAAUUGUAAAUAGACAUAUUAACUGUAUUACAAUGAGCUUUUUAAAAUCCCAAAUGAAUUAUUCAACAAUGAAAUAUUCUGGAAAGCAGCAGAAAGGUUCUAUAGACAAUAUCUAGGAAUAUAGUGGUUAUGUGUGAGAUUAUGCCACAAAGCAAAUCGUAUAUUCUAGAUUUGCACACAUGAAUUUAACUGGAAGUUUGAAAUUUUUGUUUUCGGUAAUCAUUAGGACACAUCAAACAGGAUUUUCCACACUAAACAUCACACGUGUUUUUCAGUACCUUUCCAACUCAGUAUGCGUUCAAAAUGAAACGUGGGACAUGCGUUUUCUCCUGUUGCUUGCUGGCGUAUGUAAGUUGGUAUGACCAUUGUUAUCUUAAUAAACAGAAGACUGUUGAAGUUUUUACCUGCUUCUGGGUUUGCUGAAGAAUUUCUAGAAGAAUUGUUUACAUAAAUAGGCAAGCGUGAGAUAAUUAAGAGGAGGUUUGCAGAGUGAAAGCAGCUGUAUUACCCAGUGUGCACCACGGAAUAAAAAUAGGCUAUAUAAAAGGAUCUCCAUAUCCAUCCUGCUCUUCUUUUUCAGUGGGGUAUUUGCACACAAAUGCAUGUUGUAUAGCCCAGAAACCACCUAUAUUUUUGUGUGUGUUCCUGUUUCUCUUAAUAUUUUAUCAGUUGUCUUAUUGAAAAUGAUGGGAUGUGUAUGUAGUGCACAGAUGUUACAUUUCAGAGACUUUAAAGGAAAAAUAAUUUAUUUUAAGAAACUAUCAGAUGUCUUUAUUGCUUUUUAAAAUUUUCAUGUGCAUAGUCCACUUUAGAAAUAAAUUUUUGCAGCAUUCUGUUGAGAGGCAUUUCUACUUCCUUGAAUUCCAGUAUCAUAAACCUAAAGCAUUUCCCUUUGGAACCUGACUUCAUAUAAGUUAUACCUUUCCUUUAAAGGUUCACAGACAGUUUUAUUAGUUACUGUUCAGCGAUCUCUCCAUAAACUUUUGUAAGUUAAUCAUCAAACAAUAGAAUCCUUUUGCAUAACCUAAAGAUAUACCAUUUUAGGCUUGAUUUCAGAUUCACAGGUUCCACCUUUUCCUGUUAGUCACAAAUUAUGCAUUAGAAUUGUAAAUGCCAACCAUAACUGGCUUUUUUGAAAAUUAAUUUUUGAAGAUCAUUGAUAUACUGUGACUAUAUAUGAGUGUGAGUGACUUCUGAACAAAUUUACUAGACCAUCCAUAGUCCAAUAAGCCUUUGUUUAAGUUGUCAUCUUAUACUAACAGCAAGGAAGUGGGGGGAAAGGUUUAUUUCAUACUACGCUGUUAGAAGUUUAAAUUGUGAUGGCCUCCUAGGAAAUCAUUGUGACUCUGUCUUUUAUCAUUAAGAAUACACACACUCUUCAGCCCAGCAGUCUCACUCCCUGGAACCUGUCCCUAAGGAAAUAAUAAAGUGCCAGUACUUAAGAUUAUGUUUAUCAAUGUAUGUUGCAUUUUUUGGUAAGGACAGAAAAAGGAAACCAUUUAAAUGACCAUUAGUAUGGGAAUGAUUGAAUAAACUGCAUUAAAAUAUGUCAUGGUUUGGUGAUAGUCCACAGAAAAGAAUGUGUGGGAGCAAACACUUUCAACUGAGAAGAGGAAAUCAAGAGGAGAGAGUAUAUACCAAAUGUUGUAAAAUAAAGAUCUAAGAACCUUA